AUCGUGUUUAUUCAACGACACAUAUCCGCAGUGUUGGUGACAAAAGUUCCUUGCCUUCCGUAGCCAUUUUACGGUGUACACCUAGGAAAUAAAAUUAGAACAAUGGAGAACGACAACGGAGAUGUUGUUGACUUGUACAUCCCAAGAAAAUGCUCGUCAAGUAAUCGUAUCAUCCAUGCUAAGGAUCAUGCUUCUAUUCAGUUGAGCAUUGCCGAUGUUGAUCCUGAAACAGGACGUAUGACCGAUUCACAAAAAAUGUAUGCUAUUUGUGGAGCUAUCCGACGUAUGGGUGAGUCUGAUGAUUGUUUGGUACGCCUUGCAAAAAAUGAUGGGAUUUUACCUAAAAACUUCUAAUGUAAGAUAAUUAUUUUACUCUAUCAAUAAAAUUGUAAAAAAAUUGA